AUGGCUAUGUGGUUUCCUGCCAGGCCGAGGCAUCCUGAUCCUCCUCAAACCCGGGAAGGGCGCCACCUCUACCGCUGGGGGGGAGGGGCUGUGCACGGACAGCUAGCCAGCCUGCCACACGUUCUCGUGCUGUCGCGUGCAUGGCCGAGGGGGGCCUGCCGGUCAUUGUCUUCCAACCCCAACCUCUACCUGUGCUUUCCCUUCGCAGAUGCUCUCUCUCUUUCCUACAAUUUCAACAUCACAUCUCGGGCCAGGCCUGGACAACCAUGGUGUGAGAUUCAAGGCCUGGUCAAUGGAAACCAGUUUCUUUCUUACGACUGUCGGAGCAAGGAGGUCAAACCCGUUGGUCCUCUGGGGAUGAAGCUGAAGGACACAGCGUUUUGGGAGAGACAAAAGGAAACUCUGGAAGACCUGGUGGAAGAGCUCAGAAGGAAACUGCUGGACAUCAAAACAGGGAUUUUCACUAAGAGCCAUCCUCUCACCCUGCAGGGCAGGCUGAUGUAUGAGUGUGGACCGGACAGACACCCCAGAGGAUCCUGGCAGUUUGCCUUCAAUGAGCAGAUAACCCACCGCUUUGACCCGGAGACCGGAAAUUGGACAAUGGUGCCUCCUGAGGACCAGCGGUUCCAGGGCACGUUGGACAGUGACGGAGAGCUGACCGGCUUCCUCAUGAGGAUCUCAAACGGAGACUGUAAGGGCUGGCUCCAGCAAGUACUGGAGCACUGGGAUGAAAUGCUGGAGACAACAGUGCCACCAACCAUGAAGCAAGACACGGCCCCGGCCAGGACCACAGCCAUCGGACCCGGCACCUGGAUCCCCACCCUGCUCCUCAGCUGCGCAGUCCUAAUUGGCAUCCAUGUUGGCCUCCUUUAGAGGGACAGGCUGCUGAGGCUACCAAGAAGCCCCUGAGGCGGGGACCAGCUCAGCAACACUGCCUUUGGGCCUGCUGCCUUUGGAUGAGCUGCUGUUCAUUUUUAGACCAUCAGUGCUCUCAAGUUUACAAAUCCAGAGACCUCAGUCGACCACGUGGUGCAGGGCAGGGAACCUCCCAGGUCCCCUCUUGCAUUUGGUGGCGCUCCUGUUCAGCACUUUCCCUUGGCAUAUUCUAUGCUGCUUUCUCUCUUUGGUGCUAGGUGAUGGUAUUCUUGUGCUGAAAUAUUUAAAUGUUUGACCAAGAACUGUCAACAAAGAGAACAUUUCCCAUCUUGUCCUUGUUUGUGCAAUAUCAGAAUCUUCUCUGUAAGAUGACCAUGUUCUUGCAGACAGUAUCACCAAAAAGAUGUUGUUUGAAGCUAAGGAACCUCAGGGAAUUUUUUCUAUGUACUGAGAAACAACUUCAUUGACUUUUAAACGGAAUGACAUUAUAUUUGUGAUUGUUUUCUUCAGUAAAUUAUGUCCAUGUACAUAUAUUUAAAUAAAU